AUACAGGGUAACUGAUCCUCUUCGUCGAAGUCCUCCUUGAUAGUCAUUUGAAUUACCUGAUCAAUUCCAUACUACCCCCGUGAGAUUCAAAUUCCAUUUACUUAAUCGUUCUACAUUAUGGUACGGAUUGACAGACCUGGAAAGCCGUUGACCAGACUAGAUGUCUGGUCGGGGGAGUUCGAUGCUGCUGGUAAGAGUUAUACGGUGCUACGGGGCAUUGAGGCCUGGUGGGGGAAAGAACAUGAGGCAGCAGGGUAUACACCGGAUCCAUCUUCAGACAUUCGCACCCUUCACGACAGCUUCAUCUUCCCGGCCAAGAAUCAAAUCGACUGGCUGGAUGUAUACCACCCCGACCCCAGCCAACAUGGAUGUGUAGACUCACUUCGAUUUCAUUUGCCAAAUGGCGAUGAGUACUUCGCGAGUGGAGGCUUUGGGGGCGAUAAACAUCCACAAGUACCGCAGGGAAAGCAAUGCGUCCUAGAGGGCUUCGAUGUCGAUGUGGAGGGCAGAGAGAUUCGUCGACUUCAGCCGAUCUUCAAAAAAUAGUGAUGCACCAGGGAUACAAAGAUACGAAAACACCCCACAACAUUAACGUGACCCACCGGUAUAGCCUUUUCUGCGUUCUGCUCUUCUGCAAAGGGAUCCAGAUUUCAAAAAUCAUUCGUUGCGACAUUUUGUUUCGAUCACCAUCCUCAUGCAGCUCAACCUGCACAGAACCAAGACUGCGGUUGCAGUUCUGAAAUAUCGCAAUGCGAAACCUCCUAUCUUUAACAGACAUAUAUAACAGAAAAAAAAACCGAUUGGAUUUGUUGAUUCUAGCUUCAUGGUCUAUAGCUUAACUUGUGUUCCUCAGAUAUUUCGCAACCCAAGAAUUCCAUGAAAGGCGAAACUACUUUCAAACUGCUAUAUAGUCGAUAUUUACAUUGUGGCCCUUGCUAUGUCGUGAAGCCCUUCUUCUUG